AUGGAGCACCCCUUUUUCACCUCCGGCACCGCCACCCGUGCGGAGGCCAUCCGGUGGCUCACCAUCGCCGAGAAGCUCCUCUCCACGCGCGACCUCCUCGGGAGCAGGUCCUUCGCCUCCCGGGCGCGCGACGCCGACCCGACGCUCUCCUCCGCCGACGACAUCCUCGCCGUUGUCGACACGCUCCUCGCCGGUGACCGCCGGAUCGGCACCAACCAUCCCGAUUUCUACUCAAUCCUCGGUCUCGCGCCGCCGCAGGGCGCCGACGCCGGCCUCGUCGCCGACCAGUACCGGAGCCUCGUCCUCCGCCUCAACCCGCACCGGAACAGGUUCCCCUUCGCCGAGCAGGCCUACCGCCUCGUAGUCGACGCCUGGUCCAUCCUCUCCGACCCCGCCAGCAAGGCCCUGUACGACAAGCAGCUCGGUUUUUUCCAGCCGCCCCACCAACCCGACCCGUUCGCCCCGCCCCUACCCGGGUACCAGCAUAAUUUCACUUUCCCCCACCCUCCGGUGCAUGGCGGUGAGAAUAGCGGCAUAGCCCCGACCCAAUUUGCUCCGGUUCAUCAGGUACUGGUACAACCGCAGGUCGGGCCGUCGGUCGGCGGCCCGACCAGUGAGCCUCAGAAUUUCAUGGGCUUACAUUCGGGUUCUAAUAUUGUGUUCGGGUCAAUGCCGAGUCAUGAACCGGUCAAUAAUCCCGUCGUUAACCAACAAAAUUAUUCAAGCUUUUCUAGUUUUUAUGUAGCUCCUCCUGCAUCUAGGACAUAUCAUGAGCAAUUGAUUGAUAAUAAUAAUAAUAAUUGUAAAGAAAAACAUUCCCAGCAUGAUUACCCAGUUGCUGGUGAGAAUAGUCCUCCAAGUGUUUGUGAAAAUGUCGAAGAGAAUAUAGAGAAUGUCGAACAGGGUGUAGAGGAAAACGUAGAAAGUGUCGAACAUGAUGCAGAGGGAAAUCUCGGAAACGUCGAGGAAAAUGUAGAAAAUGUCGAACAAGACGAGAGAGAUGAUUAUGGAGUGAAUGACAAUGAAUUAACUUUCUGGACCACCUGCCCAUAUUGCUAUUACAUGUACGAGUAUCCUAGGACUUACGUCGACUGUGCAAUGAGAUGUCAGAACUGCAAGAUGGCAUUUCAAGCCGUGGUGAUUCCUUCACCGCCACCUGUCCCGGACGGGCAAGACGCAUACUUUUGCUGCUGGGGUUUUAUCCCUUUGGGCUUUUCAAUGGAAGAUUGGAAGAGAAAUAACUACCCUGCGCCAAAAACGGGGGCCAGAUAUAGAGGCCCUUGGGUUUACAUCGAUGAAGAUGACGAAAACGACCAUUUUGUCAAUAUAUCCAGUUCGGGUGAGUCUGACAUAGACUGGAAUGAUGUUCGUACUCGAAAAGGCGGGAAUAAUAAAUCGGCGGCGAACGUCAAAAGGAAGGCGACUACUGCUAGUGGGACCCGCAUCAAGCGGUCGAGAAAAGUACUUGUGCAAGAUGCGGAUAAUGUGACAGCUGGCAAGAAACAACACGGUAGGGUUGCAAAGAGUUUCGAGAAGCUGGAUCUGAACGUGGAGUUGAGGAACGAAGCUGAAGAGCCUGCUUUGGGGGCGAAUAAUAAGGAGAACAAGGCGGGACAUAAGGAGGAUGAUCAUAGCAUUGAAGGGACUGGGUUUUUUGAGGGUCUCGAUGAAUUAUUCAGCAAUCUCCCUCCGAUCCUUAAUGGCGUGGCUGACGAUAAGGUUGUCAAGGCGGCUUGA